AUGGCAGAAAAAUGCGAUAAUGCAAACACAAAAUCCAAAAAUCAAGAAGAGGUUGUCAUUUUCUCAAGUUAUUUAUUCGUACGUAAUCGUAAAAAGGAAAGGUCUGUGUUAACAAGACUUGCAGAACUCCGCGAAGAAGUAACUAUAUUUUUAGAAGAUAAAAGCGAUUUUGCGAAAUAUUUGCGCAACGAAGAAUUUGUUCUGAGGCUUACGUAUUUGGCAGAUAUUUUUUCGAAAUUAAACGAUCUGAAUUUGUAUUUACAAGGAACAGAAGGUAUCAGUAUAUUUGCAAUUCAUGAGAAAAUUCGAGGUUUUAUGAAAAAACUUGUCUUCUGGAAAAAUUGUAUUAACAACCGAAAUUAUGAAUGUUUUGAUACAUUUGAAACUUUUGUAAGGGAAAAUAAAGCAAAAGCUGAUGAUGGUAUAAUCAUUGAGAUAUCUGAACACUUGAAUAGGUUAAAUGAAAGUUUUGAAUUUUAUUUUCAUAAAGAGAUGAAUACUAUGCAACAGAAAAGAUGGAUUAUGAACCCCUUUCAGCCUGACGUGACGACUGGAAUAUCAACAAAAGCCGAUGAGGAACUUAUCGAUUUAUCCGAAGACUCUUCCUUGAAAAUGACUUUUAACACCCGGAAAUUGGUACAGUUCUGGGCGUCUCUUCAAACCUCGUACCCAAUCGUUUCCACCGAAGCAUUAAAAGUACUUCUCCUUUUCACGUCAUCUUAUAUUUGUGAAGCUGGAUUUUCAGCAAUGGUUGGAAUUAAAAGCAAAUAUCGAAAUAAACUGCAGCUCUCAAAUUCUUUACGCCUGAAACUAUCACGCAUUGAACCUGAUGUUAAUUCUAUUAUUGAGCGUAGCAAGAAACAGGCUCAUCCUUCUCACAGGCCUCACUGA